CUAUGCACCCACAAACUUGUUUGGGCUGCCUCUCUCCAUGAAACGCUGGCCAUUUGCUGCUCCUCUACAGACCUCUCCUUCUUCAAGACUGAGUCCAACAACGGAGAACUUGUAGGAUUUUCAUGCCUCCAGAAUGAAUAAGGCAAACUACUCUGUACUCCAAAUGACAACUGUGGGUGAAGAUGAUGCAGUCGGUUCUGCAGAAGACCAACAUAUCAAUGAAGACAUUUAUUGUGAAGCCUUGGCCGAAACUCUGCACCAUGUUGCCCUUCCUGUGACAGUGGGAUUUUAUGCACCGUGGGGGAGAAACAAAAGAGACCUCUUGGACAAAAUUGAAGAAGCCCUGAAGGAUAGAAGUAAACAAAAAGUGGACGAGAAAGAUGGUGGAGGAAACAUGUGUUCUCUGUUUUCACUCAUCUGGCGCAUCAUUUUUUAUCUCCCUGACUUCCAUUCAAUAUCAUGUGAAAGAGUCCGAUAUAUUUUCAUAAAUUUUGAUGCCUGGGAGUACACUGGAUGUGACCACACCUGGGCUGGCCUUGUUUCGACACUGCUUGAUGAGAUUGAAAAGAAGUAUAAAAUUCUCUUCAGUGUUGUUCGGGCCUUUGGUAAGGAACGCCCUGAAAGAUGCGUACCACAGGGAAAGAGAUGGGUUUUUAAAAAACAGAGCAAGAUCAUCUUUUGGGGUCUCUUGUGGCUGUUUAUUGGUUUAACUCUAUGUACUGUGUUGCUGAGGGAAUUUAAGGAGAGCGAUUUAUGGAAGGACUUGGGAUACAUGAUCGUAACAGUGUCAGCUGCCAUAUCUGGACUCCCUUUCAUGCUGAUAAUCAAGAACUUCCUUUGCACCAUGAAAAUGAAGCUUCAGAAGGAUAUGGACAGAAAGGAUCUUAGUACACAUUUGGGCUUCAUGCACUCUGUGAAGGAAGAGGUCAAAACCAUCAUUAACUGCCUCCACUUCAUGGGACUCAAGGAGGACAGAGACAUUCGGGUGGUCCUAAAGAUCACCAGCUUGGAUCUAUGUGCUCCAGACAAGGUGGUGGCUGUCCUGGAUGCCAUAAAUAUUCUUCUUUGUGACAAAAACGCUCCAUUCAUCUCCAUCCUAGCUGCUGAUCCGGGUAUCCUUGUGGAACGCAUUCAACUGACAGGUAAUACCUGUAGCAACGGCUACUUGUACUUAGACCGGAUAGUGUCCUUGCCCUUCUCUCUGCCACAGAUGAGUCAGGUGACCAAACAGCAGUUACUCGAAAAGAUUUUGAAAAACCAGCGGAAGAAGGGGUCCACUAUAAAUCCAGAUAACAACUCUUGUGCGAAAAACGGUAAGAAGAAGGAAGGUAGGUUAUUAACGAGAAAGGAAAUUGAGCAUAUCCGUCGCUACCUAUGCAAUAAUAAUUUUGAUGCAUACUUCCCAGGGAAUUCUGUCCAGAUGAUGCGGAUAGUGAACACAGUGCUGACCUCUUUGACCAUGAUCAAAAUGGGAUUUCAACCCAAUGUAGGACACAAAAUGAAUGGAAAAGAUGAGAAAGAGUUGACUGAACAGUUGAUCGAUUGGAUUGUUCUUGCCAAUUUCUGGCCUUGCCGAUUGAGCUGGAUUUUGCAAUGCGAAGAGGAUUAUCGGCAGCGAAGAAGUCUUGAGGAAAGCCAGAAAUGGACCUCUCAGGACUCUGGGGAAAAUGCAGAAGGAAAUCAACAACAAAAAAUCUCAGAGAUGGAUGGAGGAUUACUGAAAGUUUAUAAUGCUCAUGCUUCGGAACUGGACAAGAUUAGAGAUAAGAUCAGUAAACUUUUGGAACUUGAUGGAGAUCCUGAGCUUUUCAUACUCUUCUUGCAGAAGAGCCAUUUUAAAGUUGGAGAGGUCAGAUAUUUUUCGGACCUCCUCAUCAAUUUGGACUUCUCUUUAAAACGGCAGUUUGAAUUGCUACGUGGCCUCAAUGGCAUCACCAGGACAAACAAAAACAAUGUUGGUUCUUCCCCCGCUGAGAAACACUGACAUGUGUGAAUAGGAAAACUCUUUGCAGAGUUGUGAUGUUGGCACAGGUCAGGGAAGGGUUUAAUUCUACUAAGGGUUGAAGUCUGCUAAGAAGGUUGUAGAUGAUUUUUUCAGGAAAGUGUUUAAGGCCACUUGUUUGGGACAAUCUUUGGCCUUCAACAAUUACACUAUACUUGUAAAUCUGGAAUGGGCAAAAAUGGUAAACAGGUGACAGAGUGGAUUUGAUUUAAAUCAUGAUUUAAGUCACUAGUCAGCAAGAUCAGAUGGAUCUCUACAUAAGACUCAUUCUUUUCUAAAGACUCCUCUCACUUAGCUUCUUGUGCAGAUCUAUUCUACUCCCAACAAUCUUCUAUUCAUUGAAUUGUUUGCAGCUUAGCACUUAAGAGGUAAAGGGUUGGUUCUGUGUACAAAGAUUUGCAAAAGAACAAUGGGAUUAAGGUCUUUUUUUUAACUGUGUAUGUUUAUUUUAUAACCUUUUGCUGUGAAGAGAUAUGUAAUCUCCGCAGACACAAAUUCACAGUUUUGAGAGCUGUAAAAUCAAGCAUCUGUGAUAAUAUCUUCUAGAUAGAAAAAUUGCCCAGUAAUCUUACCGAAACCCCUGGAAGAGCAUGACAUUGUGAAUGGAUUAAUGGAAUUUGUUUACCAAAAAAAUUAAACAUUACAUGAAUAUACAGCCUCAUGCAAUGAUCUAUAGAUGGUAUUUAACGCCAAAGAAGAUUGUGCUUGGAAAUGCUAUUAUGUCAGAUAAAUGCUGGAAAUGUAAAAAGCAUGAAGGAUCAUUGUAUCAUAUGUGGUGGACAUGUGAAAUAGCCAAACAGUUCUGGGGAGAUAUUAUAGAAGUAAUAAAUGAGAUAUUGCAGAUUCAAAUAAAGAAGAACCCAGAACUAUUGCUAUUGAACUUAAGCAUGGAAGAUAUUCCUACUCAAUACCGAACAUUAUUAUUUUAUAUGACGACGGCAGCAAGACUUUUAUAUGCGCAAAAAUGGAAGGUGCAAGAAAUACCAACUGUUGAAGAUUGGAUGCAUAAAUUGCUGUACAUGGCGGAAAUGGACAAAAUGACAAGAAAGCUGAGAGAUCAGAAUCCAGCGGAAUUUUUUACGGACUGGGGAAGAUUGAAAACAUAUUUAGAAAAGAAGUAGGACGUAAAGGGGGAAUUAUGGCAGUUUGAAAAUUAUUAGAAUGGAUUUGUUAUUAGAAGAGAUAGAGUCUUUACCAUAUGAAGUGAAGUAUUAGUUAAUUGUUAGCCCAAAUGUAAGUGGACUUAGAGUUAAUAGAUAUUGUUAGAAUUAUUAAAGUAGAUAUUUUAUCCGACUGUUAGUUUAAAUUUAAAUAUAUGUGGAGUUAAUAUAAAGUAACAGAUAAUAGAUUUUAAGUUUAUAACAAUAUUUUUGAAGUUAAUAGAUAGGGCUUAGUUGAAUAAAAGAGUAAGUAAACAUGAGAUAAGGAGUUACAGAAAAAGGGGACAGAUUGGGAAUAGAUUAGGAUAUAGGGUUGGAAAGCUGUUGGAA